AUGCAGUUCACCGAAAACAAUCCUUCUUCCUUCAUCCCAAUCCCCCUCCCCACCAACCAAAACCAGGCGGCCACCUUCCUCGGCCGGGCCCGUCCCUGGCCCGGCCUCCCCACCCCGAAACCCUCGAUCCCCAACUGCAUGGAGCAACUCCUCGUCCACUGCGCAACCGCCGUCGACCGAAACGACACCACCUUAGCCCAGCAAAUCCUGUGGGUCCUCAACAACAUCGCCCCCCCCGACGGCGGCCCCACCCAGCGCCUCGCCUCUGCCUUCCUUCGCGCCCUCACCGCCCGCGCCGGUGGCCCCAACCUCCUCGCCGCCUCCCCCUCCCCUCCCCACACUUUCUCCGCCGUCGAGCUCGCCGCCUUCGUCGACCUCACCCCUUGGCACCGCUUCGGCUUCACCGCCGCCAACGCCGCCAUUUCGGCCUCCACUGCCUGCGCCUGCUCGUCUCUCCACGUGGUCGACCUUAGCACUACCUUCUGCAUGCAGAUCCCGACCCUCAUUGACGCUCUCUCAUCCCACCCGCCGCCCCUUCUCCGGCUCACCGUGGCCGACACCUCCCGCUUCGUGACUCCACCAGCACUCGACCUUUCGUACGACGAGCUCGGAGCAAGGCUCGUCGGGUUCGCGCGGUCGAGAAACAUGGCCAUGGAGUUCACUUCCAUCUGUACAAGGCCGUCGGAUGGAUUCUCGAACCUAAUCGAGCACCUUCGCUUGCAGCAACAUUCCGAGAAUAAAGACGAGGCGCUCGUGAUCAACUGUCACAUGAUGCUCCACUACACGCCGGACGAAACCCUAGCCGAGAGCGGCGGCGGGAUUUCUUGCCGUACGGCAUUUCUGAACGAAAUUCGGAGCUUGAACCCGAGCCUAGUGGUGGUGGUGGACGAGGACGUGGAUUUCACGUCGAACGAUUUGGUGAGGCGGUUGAGGUCGGCGUACGAUUACCUGUGGAUACAUUACGACGCAGUGGACACGUUGCUACCGGAAGGGAGCAAGCAGAGGGAAUGGUACGAGGCUGACGUGUGCAGGAAGAUCGAGGAUGUGGUGGCGCGGGAGGGGACGAGGAGGGUGGAGAGAGUGGAGAGCAAGGGGAGGUGGGCACGGAGAAUGAGGGCGGCGGGCUUCGUGGAAGUGGGGUUCGGGGAGGAGGCGGUGGCGGAGGUGAAAGGGAUGCUGGAGGAGCACGCGGCCGGGUGGGGGCUCAAGAGGGAAGAGGACGGUCAUCUGGUGCUGACGUGGAAGGGGCACAAUGCGGUUUUUGCUACUGCUUGGGUGCCUGCUUAG